ACACACAAUGCACCCAACUGCUUAUUUCACAGAAAAUUAGAAAUUGAAGAAAAUAAACAUUUGCUCUUUUGUUGUUCACUCAGCCAUGGCAGACGACAGACCGGAGAAGAUAAUCCUCAAAACCCCAGCACUUCUCAAGUACAUCUUCGAAACAAGCUGCUUUCCAAGAGAACACGAGCAACUGAAGCAACUAAGGGAGGCCACCAUCGAGAAAUAUGCGGUCUGGAGUCUUAUGAAUGUGCCUGUAGAUGAAGGUCUGCUUCUAUCGAUGCUUCUGAAGGUGAUGAAUGCCAAGAAGACGUUGGAGCUCGGUGUCUUCACUGGUUAUUCUCUUCUCACUACUGCUCUUGCACUGCCUGCUGAUGGCAAAAUAACAGCAAUCGAUGUAGAUAAAGAAGCCUAUGACGUUGGACUGCCAUUUAUUCAGAAGGCUGGGGUGGAACAUAAGAUUAACUUCUGCCAGUCAGAUGCCUUCACAGUCCUAAAUGAUCUCAUUACCAAAGGGGAGGAAGAAGGGAGCUUUGAUUUUGCAUUUGUGGAUGCCGACAAGGACUCCUACAUGGGAUAUCACAAGCUGCUGAUGAAGCUUGUGAAGGUUGGAGGAAUCAUAGCUUAUGAUAACACAUUGUGGUUUGGGACAGUGGCGGAGCCUGAGGAGAAUGUGCAAGAAUUUGCAAGGAAAGGCAGAAAACAUUUGCUGGAACUCAACAGCUUUCUCGCCGCGGAUGACCGUCUUGAGCUAGCCGUUGUUUCCAUCGGAGAUGGACUCACCCUCUGCAGGCGUCUCUGUUAGCUUGCUGAGCAAGAAACAACUCUCAUUUUGAAGUUUUCUAAUAAAUAAUUAAGACAGUUUUAUCUGUGGUAAUUAAAAUGGUUAUGAACAUCAUCUUGGUUGCCUUCUUAAUGAACUUCAUUUAAUCU